AGCAUUGCUUGCUCAUGACAUGUUCUGUUGUGUUUUAAGUGGACGGUGAUUAGUCAUUAGGUUUUUGAGGGCCUGCAGACCUCGAUGUAUUCUACACACAACUAUGCCGGGGACCAGCAGCCGUUGACACAGCCCGCAGGCCCACCAUACGGUGGCUAUGACCAAAGGGGCUAUGCACAGGGCGGCUAUGGGCCUCAACCAGGCUUUCCUCAGGCAGCUCAAGGCCCAUAUGGGAACUACAAUCAGCCGGGUCCUGGACCACAAGGUGGAAACCAACAGCAGGCUGCAGCAACCAAAGGUAGUUCCAUGAACCCAGACUGGAGCAAUGCAUUCUUCGCAGCAGCCUGCUCCACUAUGCUGGGAGCAUUCAUUGGCGGCAUUUGCCUCUUUUUUUUCCUUCGAGCUAGUGGAUUUUCUCGAGAUGUGCUACAUUUUGCUCUUUGGAGGUGUUCUCGCGUUGAUGGACACUCCAUGCUUCAAGACCAUGAAAACGGUAAAAGACCACCGUGAGUACUUCUCCAAGUAUGUCAACAUCCUGACUCGAGUGACAGGCAAGGGAAUCGCCUUCUUGUUCCUCGGCUGUGCACUCUUCUCUACGAUGUGGGACAACCUGGAGAGCACAGGCCUCAAAAUCUUGGCCUUCGUGCUGUGCAUGAUCCCAAUUAUUGUUGGGAUUGCCGCCCUUGUGAUUGGCUUCAUCAAGAGCCAGAAGUUGAACAAAGCCCGGAUAGUCUUUGCUCAGGAGGGUGAGAAUAUGGCUGCACUCUAUGACCAGCAUGCCAGAACGUAUGGAGGGCAUCAUGGUGGAUUGACCAUGUUGGAAUUUAGCGACAUGACCUUCAAGACAAUGGGCUUCAGAUGGGAAGAUACCGAUCUCAAGCUGAUCUUCAAUGCGCUGGUGAGCAAUCCAGCGUGGCGCACGAACGUCACCAACUUCACCAGUUAUGGACAGCAGCACACGGAUAUGGCAAAGAUCCCGAAAGAGGACUUGCUUGGAUGGGUAAGGGGAGGCAUGGUUUGGUUGUGAGGUGAGUAAUGAGCAGUGGUUGCGUCGCAGGGUCCUGCUAUUGGUUUCCUUUCCAAACUCUC